AUGUACACAAAUGUGUCUUCUGCUGUUUUACUAAGGCUGGAAACACUGGGCUUGUCUGAAGCAAAUAUUUACCCAGCAUUUUUGUUUGGGACCUUAACGUAUCUGGUUAUUAUGUUUUGCAAUCUGUUGGUAUUAACAGCCAUUGCGGUGAGUAAAAAGCUACACAAGCCCAUGUUCAUCCUGCUCUUCAACUUGCCCGUUAGCGACAUGGUGGGCGCGACGGCUUUUUUCCCCCAGCUCGUUUCCAGCAUCGUGACACAGAACAGACUGAUUUCCUAUCCUGCCUGUGUAACUCAGGCUUUUUGGAUUCAUGUUUAUGGUACAGGAAACCUGCUGAUCUUGAGUGCCAUGGCAUAUGACAGAUACAUUGCUAUAUGUUGUCCUUUGCGGUAUAAUGCCAUCAUGAGUCCGCGCAAUCUAAAUAGAAUUAUUGUUUCAAUAUGGCUCCUAAAUUUCUCAAUUAUUGUCACGUUGAUUUUGUUGCUUGCGCGGUUUAAAAGGUGCAGGACGAAUAUAGUGGAUUUGUACUGUAACAACCCAUCAUUACUGAAGCUGGUCUGCGAGGACACCAGUGUUAACAACUACUAUGGACUAGCUACUAUUUUCCUGGUUCAAGGCGGACCGCUGUUAAUAAUAAUAUACACAUAUGCACAGAUUUUGCGUACAUGCGUCAUGACCAAUCAGCCGGACGCCCGGAGGAAAGCCAUCCAGACAUGUGGUACACAUCUAGUUGUUUUCUUAAUCUUGCAAGUCAAUACUGUGGUUUCACUCAUUUCUCACCGCUUUGAGAGUGCAUCCCCGUACGUGAGGAGGGUUCUUGGCGUGACAGUUGUCAUAUUUCCCCCUUUUCUGGACCCGAUUAUAUAUGGACUGAAAACCACAGAACUGAAGCGGAGCAUUAUCAUGUUCCUAAAAAGAAAUGUAAGCUCAACAAAGAUGUGUCCAGCUUGA